CUCAGCGAAAUCUUCAGCACCUACGGCGUAAUCGCAGACCUGGACAUGCCUCUGAACAAAUCCUUCAACACAAACCGCGGGACCGCUUACGUCCUUUACGCAAACCCCGAAGCCGCCGAGCGAGCCAUAGCGCACAUGCACGAAGGGCAACUGGACGGCGCAAAGAUUGGCGUGAGCAUUGUAUUGCCU